AUGAAACUCUCCGUUACUGUUGCUCUUCUCUGCCUAGCCUCCAGGGCGUAUUCCUUGGUUGCUGCUCCGCCGCCUACAAGAGUUGAUAGCUCUGUGCCAACCCUUGUAGACCGUGACUUGGCAACAGCUACCUCGGUACUAGCAGAUGUCAAGAAUGGUUUUGUUGCCCUCGCUGCCGCUGCGAAAGACUUUAAUGGCGAUCCUGGGCCUCUGAAGACCGCCGCCUCCGGCCUUCUGGCCAAGGUUGAAUCUGGCACAACGGCAGUCAAAAACAUGACCCCGUUGUCUUUUUUUGAAUGUCUGUCGUUGCUCGCACCGGCACAAGAUCUUCAAAAGCAGGGAAAGGCUCUCUCGGACCAACUCAAAGCAAAGAAGGACCUCAUUCAGCAGUAUAAACAGUGCGCAACAACGUACGGCUUUCUUGAUACAGGCGUCACCGAUAGCGUCGCUCUCAUUACCGCCGUUGUGUCCAAAGUUCCAAGUAUCUUCAAAGACACCGUUCAAAAUGAGGGCAACAAGAUUACUCAGCAACUCAAGGACCUUAGAGAUGCCUUUGCUCCGGGAAACUGUUCGGAUUCUUAG